AUGCUUUGCAGCUAUCUUUUAUGUAUUAUUCUUACAACUGUUCACCUUACUAAUGCCAUCGACACUUCCGAUGGCUCCCCAGAUGCGUUCUUCACCCCCGCUGGUAGUAACCCACAAAAAUUGCCUCCUCCCGGAGCAGAUUAUUAUACUCUUCCCAAUGGAUGUCCAAUUGAAAAUCCACUCGGCACCUUGCGAUUGGGGAAUCAGCUCAAGGGCAAUCUCCUUCUUCAAGAUAUUAAUUUGAUUGAUGUUUUGACCCAUAUCACGCAUGAGAGAAUCCCAGAAAGAAUUGUCCAUGCCAAAGGCGCUGGUGCAUAUGGAGUCUUCGAAGCAACCCAUGACAUUUCCAAUUACACCAGUUUAGCAUUUCUUAAUCAGGUGGGCAAGGCCACGCCGCUGUUUGCCCGGUUCUCUACAGUUGCUGGCGAGAAGGGCUCUGCAGACAAUGUUCGCGAUGCUAGAGGAUUUGCAUUCAAGUUCUAUACAGAAGAAGGCAAUCUGGAUUGGUUAUUUUUCGGAGCGCCGAUGUUUCAAAUCCGGGAUCCUGCAAAAUUCCCAUCUCUCGUCCACGCGCAAAAGCGAGACCCCUCGAGUAAUUUGAAAAAUGAAACUGCAUUCUGGGACUUCUUUAACCACAAUGCAGAAGGGAUUAAUUUCCUUAUGCGGCUGUUCAGUGAUCAGGGAACUCCACUGUCGUACCGCUACACUGAUAUCCAUAGCAUCAACACGUACAAAUUCACAAAACCGACCGGUGAAUUUAAAUACGUUCGAAUCGUUCUCAAAACCGAUCAAGGCGUGCGGAAUCUCACUCACGAUCAGAUGACGACUCUUGUAGGAAUGGAUGCUGACUUUUCAACUCGCGACUUAUACGCGGCCAUUGACAAGGGAGACUAUCCCUCGUGGACGGUGUAUGCACAGAUUAUCAAUCCCGAGGAUGCAGAAAGUUCCCCAGUAAAUAUAUUCGAUGCAACCCGAGAGUUGCCCGAGAGUGAUUAUCCUCUUGUUCCGUUCGGCAAGAUAACCUUGAAUCGCAAUCCGAAAAAUUACUUUACAGAGGUUGAGCAAUCCGCGUUUCAAGUCGCUAAUCUUGUUCCUGGCUGGGAUGUCUCUGCGGACCCUAUCAUCCAAGUCCGCUUAUUCCCUUACGGUGACACCCAACGAUAUAGACUUGGAAUCAACUUCCCUCAACUCCCCAUCAACCGGCCAUUCUACUCAUACAACCCCACUCGUCGUGACGGAGCCAACAACAUCAUCAAUUUGGGCAAUCUGCCCAACUACUUCCCCAACUAUAACGGACCCCAGAUUGUGCAGCCAGCUCAGUAUCGGCAGACUGCCGAGCAGCACAUGCAAUGGAUUGGAAAUGUGACCAACUUCCAGAGUCAAGUCACCGAUUCGGACUUUGACCAGCCGCGUGAUUACUGGAAUCAAUUGGCUGAUAUGGGACCAGACCAGCAGGGUAAUUUUAUCUAUAAUGUUGCUUCUUCCCUGUCUGGUGCGAAUAAGGGAGUCAGGCAGGAGACUUAUGCGCUCUUCAGGAAAAUCAAUGGCGAUCUUGCCAGUGCUGUGCAAAAUCGAACAGAAGGUCUUGUCCUCAAAAAGUGCCAGGCUACAAAAGCU